CAAUAUUUAAGUCACAAGCUGCCGGCUCACUCCUCACAACGACCGCAGCUAAUGUUCACGUUCAGACGACAACCCGAGAGAACUGUUUACAAGAUCGAACAAGAAUUGCACGCUUACCGUGAACUCCUUCUGAUCUUUUCUUGGACCUGAUCUUCAAGUCUUCAAGAGCGAACCAUCGAGAUGAAGAUCUGCGUGGCCACCAUUCUGUCAAUCGCCCUCCUUCUGGGUAACUCUGUCAAGCUCCGAGCUUCCGUUACUGGGCCGGUUCCCUCGGACGGUGAUGGUCCUGCGUCUCAGGUGUGUCAGCAGUGCUGCCAGGGACCUGCUGCAAUACCCGGCAUACCAGGUCUGCCUGGGCCAGUAGGACCGAUGGGGCAGUACGGUCAGCCGGGGUCAAAGGGCGAUGCAGGUCAGCAAGGUGAGAUUGGCCCUAUUGGGCCUAUGGGUGAGCGGGGAACUCCUGGGAACACUGGGUCUAAAGGUAAUGAUGGGCUUGGUCUGCCCGGCAAGAUAGGUCCGAGAGGCCCACCGGGUCUUGUUGGAGCAGCCGGUCAGGCUGGUGUCAAAGGUCAGAAGGGUGAGCCAGGGGAGACACCAGACGACUCCAACCAGCAGGUGGCAUUCACCGUGGUGAGGACGAGCCCCUCGGAUACCUCUACGAGUCACGACACCCGUUUGCCCUUCCAGCAGACCGAGACCCUUCUGCCGGGUACCAGCUUCGAUCUCGAGACCGGUACGUUCACCUGUAAUGUGCCGGGCACCUACGUAUUUUCGUUUUCUGUUCUUAAGCAUAGCAACAGCGGUUACCUUGACAUCCAUCUUGUUAAAAAUAACUACCAUGUGAUCACUACCCAUGGUAACUCAAAUCAACGUGGUCAAUUGUCAGGUAGCGCGGUUCGGGUUCUGCAGCGAGAAGACACAGUGUAUUUGACUGUGUACGGUCGGGCGUAUAGUCAGUCCAUCUAUCACUACACCUCAUUCAGUGGCUUCCUCCUUUACCCCGAAUAA